GUUCAAACAAAGAACUUUGGACACACUAUUCUCCCUUGGCGGAUUUAUAACAGAAAGAGAUUUCCUGCAACAUGGAUCCAGGGCACAAAAAAGCUUUCUGCUUCUGUUUUCUUAUGGUCCUUUCAUACAUUCCAACCUUUGCAGAAGAUGCCAGUCUGGCUCAGUUGCAGGAUGCUGCUGGUGGAUAUAGAGAGUCUGCAGAUGUUUUCUUACAGGACAAAAGGGCCCAUAGUCUGUUGAACAGCAGAAAAAGAAGAGCCAAUAGCUUUUUUGAAGAAUUUAAAGCAGGAUCACUUGAACGAGAAUGUAUUGAAGAGAUCUGUUCCUAUGAAGAGGCCAGGGAAAUCUUUCAGGAUGACAGACGCACAAAAGAAUAUUGGAAAGUAUACACAGAUGGAGAUCAGUGUCUCUCCAACCCGUGCAUGAAUGGUGGAACCUGCUUUGACCAGCACCAGUCAUAUAUCUGUACCUGUCCCAUGGGCUAUGAGGGUCGGCACUGUGAAACAAACUUGAGGGACAUGCUGAAAUGCAUUUAUGACAAUGGGCAAUGUGAACAUUUUUGCCAUGACAACUCAUCGACAAGCCGCCAGUGCUCCUGUGCUGAAGGCUAUAAACUGGGAGCUGAUGGUCUAUCGUGUGAACCUACAGUUAAUUAUCCUUGUGGCAAAAUUCCAGUACUGAAAAAUGUAAAUAAACGUGCACGGAUUGUGGGAGGUGAUAUGUGUCCAAAAGGUGAAUGCCCCUGGCAGGCUCUUCUGAUGUAUAACGAAAUAUUCAUUUGUGGUGGAACUUUAAUUGCCCCAAACUGGGUAAUCACAGCAGCUCACUGUUUAAAGCCACUUCCAGAAAACAAACUUACGGUAGUGCUAGGAGAACAUAGAAUUGGCACACCAGAGGGAACUGAGCAAGAGAGCAAAGUUUCUAAAAUAAUAAUGCAUGAACAUUAUUAUGGGUCUAAAACAAAUAAUGACAAUGAUAUAGCCCUCCUUAAACUGACUACGCCUGUCAACUAUACAGACUAUGUGGUCCCUUUAUGUUUGCCUGAGAAACAGUUUGCUGUACAAGAGCUCUUAUCGAUUAGAUACUCUACAGUCAGUGGCUGGGGACGCCUGCUUGAGAGUGGGGCAACUCCUGAACUACUGCAAAGAGUACAGCUGCCCCGAGUCAAGACACAGGACUGCAUCAGACAGACUCAAAUGAAUAUUUCACAAAACAUGUUCUGUGCAGGAUACACUGAUGGCAGCAAGGACUCUUGCAAAGGGGACAGUGGGGGGCCACAUGCUACACAGUACAAGAAUACCCAUUUCCUUACUGGUAUUGUCAGUUGGGGCCUAGGAUGUGCUAAAAAAGAGAAAUAUGGUGUGUACACCAGGGUAUCCAGGUACACUGAAUGGAUAAAGGAAAACAUGGAUGAGCAACCAGAGGCUUAAAUAAGUAUGACACAAAACUCUUGCAUAAGAACAAAAGCCUUCAACUGAUGUCCUUUGCAAAGCUACAUCUCCUAUGCAAGAUUAAUAUGAUAUGAUCACAAUGCCUUUAGUACAGUCAAUCACUGACAUAAAUAAAGAAUAGGAAAGCUCACCCAAAGUACAGAGUUAAUGGUUAAAUAAUGUUCUCUAAUGCAGCAUAUAACAACAGGAAACUGGACAAUCUACUCCUGGGAUCUUUUAUGAAAAAAAAGAAAACUUUGCCAAGCCAUAGCCUUGUUCAUUCCAUUGGAUUGGAAACUCCAGUUACAUACUGCUAGAUCAAAAAAAAAAUUCUAUGAGUAUAUUUAUCAAAAUUUGAAUUUGUGAGGUUUUAGAGAAUUUUUCUACUUUGAAUAAACUCACAAUUUAUAAAAAA